UCAGUUUCGUUGGGGCCUGCGGUCGGAGCCGGCGAGGAGGGGGAUGGGCGCUUCACCAAAUGUAAGGACCCGACACAGAAUCGGAGCCCCGUAUCACAUACAGCAGCGUAUACCCCAUUAUAAAAAGCGACUGUAAAUAUAUAACACACUAAAAUAAAUGGAGUUAUUUACCGGGGAUCUAUUAUAGAUACUCAAUGGAUAUAGUAAACCCGAACUGGACAGGGAAUUUAACUUUUCGGCAAUGUGUUGGAGAUCCUGAGAACUUUGUUUCCUAACCUUGGAGAAGGAGCUACUUGUGAGGGCAAAGGAUACAGGCGACUCCGAGGCCGAUUUACAGGCCUACUGGUCUAAUUGGAACUGAUGUUGGGAUACUCAAAAGACUUCCUUCUGUAAAUGAAAUUUCCUUGUUUGUGCAAAUUUGGAAUGCCUCUUUAGGUCCCUGAUGACCGUGAGCCGUGGACGACGGCUCGGCGGUGCCCCACCUCUGGAGUGGUCCGUUUCUGUUGUUUGGACUGUGUGAUUCCUCUUCCUCCAUCCCAUCCUGUUCCUCCUCUCCCCCUCCCCCUUCUUCCCCUCGUCCCCCCUCCCAUGCGUCGCUGUGCUGGACGUCAUGAGCAUAGUAAUCACGCUGGGAGUCACCACACCUGAAACGUCUUACUCCGAUAUGGCUGCUGGAUCAGACCCUGAGUCAGUUGAAGCGAGCCCUGCAGUGAAUGAAAAAAACUACAACAACCAGAGCUGUGGGAGUGCACAGAAUCAUGGGUAUCGGGGACUACCAUAUGCUAUGCAACAGUCUUCCGUUGUGUGUUGUCAGGAUCACAACUAUGGUGCGCCCCCUCCCCCAACCCCACCUGCCUCCCCGCUUUCCCAAACCAUCAUUCCCCGCAUGGAUCUCAACAGCGUGGUACCCAGCUCCCGCUAUCACGAAACCACCGAGGAGAACUCGGCCGACAGCGACAGCUCCUCCGAGGAGGACGGGACUGUGGCCAGUUGGUGCCACUGCAGCCAGACGCUGGACGGUUUGAUCAUUAAAUGUGAUAACUGCAGGGAAUUGGACAGAAGGAAAGGAGCGGAGGGCCAGCACAGGAAAACUGAAAAUGUGUCAGCUGGAGAAAGCAGUGCAACAGAGAGUGGAGAUGAAGAGGUGUCCCCUUCCACCGUCUCCUAUACUGCCACUCAGCAUACGCCCACCAGCAUCAAACUCACCGUCAACAGAGUCAAACGAAGCAAAUCUAAAAAGAGAAAGAAGAGCACAGAGAAGGCCCGUGGGACUCCAAAGGAAAAGAAAGUUAAGGCUUUCAGAGAAGGGUCCAGAAAAUCGAUGAGGAUGAAGAACUCCACCACUGAGGCCAGCGUGCUGGAUGAGAACACAGCAGAGGGAUGGGAGAGCCGGAUCCGCCAGUGGACAGACCAGUAUGAGGAAGCUCUGGUUAACCAGUAUAGUGCUGACAUCCAGACGCUGCUGCAGCUUCACCGCUCUGCCGGCUCCUCUAUCUCCAAGGUAGAGAGCGGCACCACAACGUCGCCCUCCACUGCUCAGAUCCAUGCCUCAGUCGACACCAUGGACACCAUUAACCGCACAGAGCUGGCUUGUAACAACACAGUGCUGAGCUCACAGAUGCAGCUCCAGCUGGGACGGGUGACGCGGGUACAGAAACACAGGAAGAUCCUCCGGGCAGCCAAACACCUGGAACCAGACACGCUUAUCAUUGAAUAUCGAGGGAAAGUCAUGCUUAAACAGCAGUUUGAAGUCAACGGACACUUUUUCAAAAAGCCUUACCCUUUUGUGCUGUUCUACUCCAAAUUUAAUGAUGUAGAGAUGUGUGUUGAUGCGAGGACCUUCGGAAAUGAUGCUCGCUUUAUCAGGCGGUCCUGCACGCCCAACGCUGAGGUCCGUCACAUGAUCGCUGAGGGUAUGAUCCAUCUGUGCAUCUACGCUGUCAAUCAGAUCACAAAGGACUCUGAGGUCACCAUUGGGUUUGACUAUGAGUUUAACAGCUGUAAUUAUAAAGUGGACUGUGCCUGCCAUAAGGGAAACCAGAACUGCCCGGUGCAGAAGCACAACCUGAGCCCCAGAGAGAGCUUGCUGAGCCCCCCUUCUCUGCCACCUCCCUCCCCCAUUGUUGGAGCCGAAACCCGACGAAGAAAAGCCCGGAGGAAAGAGCUGGAAGGCUGCCUGGAACAGCAACAGGAGAACAAAGAUCCACAGGGAAGCAGCGACGCAGAGGAGAGGACGCUGGAUGAGAUUAAGGUGGAGGAGGGACAGGAUGGAGAGGUGGAUGAAAACGGGCUCAUCGUCUCCAGUAGAAGAACUUUAAACAGCCUGGAGAGGAGAAGGAGAAGAGUUGGAGGAGCUGAAGUUAAGGAUGAGGUUGUGGACACUGAGGAUGGAGCAGUAAACCCCACAGGGAACACCUCUGUAUCCCACAGUACAGGAGUGGGGGUCAGCACACGACGUACCACCUACGUCACGGAGCCCCUUCCUGUUGAAGAGAAAACCUCAUCUUCACCCAGCCUUCCCGCCCCAGCCGCUCCUACCAAACCGAGACCUACCAAGCCCCGGCCGAAGAGUCGGAUAUCACGAUACCGGUCGAGCUCAUCGCAACGCGCUCGGCGGCAGCGUCAGGCACUCGCCCAGCAGGCGGCGGUGGCUGCAGCUGCUGCAGCAGCAUUAGUGUCGGCGCAGACUUCAGCUGAUCAGGGUGCUGCUCUGAAUGAAGAGGGAUGUCAGGGUCCGUACGGUGCUGAACAUGCCCACGGAGACUGCAGCAUGGGGGGUCACCUCACAGAUGGAGAUGGACAGGGCCUGAACAACAUGAACAGAGGAAACCUGCGCCACCCCAAGACUAAGAAGUACCUCGUGACUGAGUGGUUGAAUGACAAGAUCCCUGGAGGGGAGAAGGUCCACCAGGAGGUUCCUGUUGAGCGCCCGCUGCGAAUAACCACUGAUCCCACAGUGCUGGCAACAACCCUCAACAUGCUUCCAGGUCUUUCUCACUCGUCCCUCAUCUGCACCACACCCAGACACUACAUCCGCUUCGGCUCCCCCUUCAAUCCCGAGAGGCGCCGGCCCCGCCCCCUCCAGAUGGACGGCACCUACGGCUGCUACAAAAAGAGGUGGAUCAAACAGGUGGAGGAUGAGAGCUGCACGGCCAGUCUGGAGGAUGGCACAGAGUCCAUCUCUUCCCAACAAAGUACCAGCAGCAGGUCCACCCCCAACCCUCUAUGUAGCGAUGUCAACGCUCCGUUUAAAAAGAGGCACCAUAAGUAUCUAACUGAGAUGACAACCUCGGCCUCGGACCACCUGCUUCACCCGUUGUCACCAAUCACACCACCACCCCCCGAGGACAAUACAACUCCGCUGCUGCACACACCUGGCGGGUCCCUGUUACCCAACGGUUUAGUCUACUCCCCAAUGCCCUCACUGCCCACCAGCCGCUGCAACACACCGUUUCUGUUUGAAAACAUAUCGUCUCCUGAGGCAUCUCCUGUCCACCGUCCAGAGUCCAUCUCUCCAGAGCCAUGUCUCCAGGCUGACUUUGAUACCUCUCGGCCUCAGUUCCCGGACCUGUCGCUCCCCUCCAGCUUGGAGAGCCCGGUGGCCAUGACCUCAGAUGACUUUUCCCUUCCUGGAGUUGCUUCAGAUUCCCAAGUGUCAUGUCCUUCCUCAGACUCCCAAAACAGGGAACAGGCCUUCAGGACAGAGUUCAACCUCAUAUAUACCUGCUCACCCCUGAAUGCAAACCUGGGGAACCCUGUAACCAGCGACCGGCGCCUUUCUCAGCUGGAUGGAGGCUUCUCUCCGGCAGACUCAUUACACAGCUCCAUCAGUGGCCAGGGACUGGUUGGAGAUGUGUGCUCCGGCUCCAUGUCACCUUACGGGGACCCUCAUUAUGGGGCGGGCUACCCAGACAGUAGUACUCCCCCACACACCAGUAACCCCCCACAGAAGAAGAAGAGGGCCAACCAGCAUACCAUUAGUCUGCUGACAGGAAAGGCAGAUUACCAGCCUAUAGCUGUAAGAAGUCAAAACAAGCCAGGUCAAAAUAUGGUGUCCUUGCUGGAAUACCGUAAGAGGAAGCAGGGAAGCAAUCGUGAGUCUGAGCUGAUCAGCAGCAGCACCCUCCACGCUCGAUCCGGCCCCCACUACAGCAAGGACUCUCCUCAUCCCCAUCAGCAGAUGCAGCCCCCCGUCUCCCCUCACAGCUUCCCUUCCUCAGCUCACAUAUCCUCCAUCCCUCACAUAGAAGAGGUCAGUCCUCCGGACCAGCACGGCCAGGCGGUGAAACCCAAACACCAGGACAGCAACAACCUGUGGAUGGUCCCCACGACCGUGGAACGUCUGAGGGAAGGCCAGGGGGUGUUGGAGCGGGUGCUGAGGAGCAUCAAGAUGGAGCGGGUCUACAAACGGAGUGAUGGCUCUACAGAGAAAGAGUCUGAUGCAGAUCGAUACGAGAUGCAGGCAGCUUCUUCCACCAGGAGUCCACACAGAUACAGCCCCCCCAUCUACUCACACCAGACCUCCAGCUCUCCAUUCCGAGGAUCCAUCAGUCCUUCAUCUGGUCAGAGCUUCUACCCCAACUUCCCCUCCUCUUCCUCCCACCCAGGACUGUCCCAUGACCUCUCUCAGACCUCCUACUCAAGUCCUACCCACUCCUCCUCCCCCUCCUCCUUCUCAGACUCCCGGCAGCCGGUGGGCUCCCUACACCAGCAGAGCAGCAGUAAUGUGGACGGAGGUCCCGGCUACGGCAGCAGCCACUUGAAAGCAAACCUUCUGAACAACAGCAGCAGCUUGGUGGGGACUCCUACUGUGGGGCCCAAGGCCCCAGGGCAGACUAAAAUAGACUCGGGUGCUUCAGCCCCCAGAGGGGUUCAGCAGCAGGUGUCUCGCAGCCUGAAGUCAGGCAGCCCGGGUCAGGCAGGGCUGCAGGCCAGCUCCAGGCUCUCAUCUGCCUCUGGAUCCACACACUACUCACAGCGAGGGGGGGGCCUUGGCCAGUUCCAGCACGCCCCCCUGCAGGGGCCCGGAGUAAGGACACAAUCAGGAAGCUUUUAGGACCUCGUUCAAGUGUAUGUGUGUGUGUGUGUGUGUGUGUGCAUGUGUGAAUGAGUGUGUGUGAGCCUCCCCAGCUCCUGAGGCUGAGUCCGCGUGGGGGGGCGGGGGGCGGCACAGAUGUACAGACUGAAGAGGAGCAAGAACUCUUUUGUUUUCUCCUUUUUCUUUUACUUUCAGAAAAAAACGACCACAUUGUGCACAGAUAAAUCAUCAUUAAAGAAUCAGUGAGGGAGAAUGGGGGGGCGGUCAGUGAGAAAUUAUAAGACAGAAAUGCAGGUAAUCAAAUGUAACUUGAAAUUUUCCCCCACCCCCUCCUCAGUGUGAGUUAGCAGCAAAACUAAGACCUCCUUCUCUUCCGAGACCAUCCGCCUGAUGUUGCACCUGAAAACAAGAGUUGUUUUUCUUUGUUUGCUUGUUUAUUUUUUUGGGGAGGGGGAUCAUUCCAUGUGUUCAUCAGCUUCCAGGUCAGUCUCCAGGUGGUUCCCGUUGUUGUGCCCCCCCAGGCCCGUUUUCCUGCAGGACGACUCAGCUAUAGGACUAACGUACGUGAGAUGUUCAGGUCUCACGAUUUAUGGUGCUGCAAACUUUUCAAUUUCCCCACUAGAUUUGAAAUCCGCUUCUGUUCCCACACACCUGCGUUCAUCCUGUCACCAGGUCAGAUCGACUUAAAUGUAGGACAGAGGCUCAGACGUUUGGCUUUACUGGGUUUACUGGUUUUCAGAUAGACCUGCUUUUCUCUGAUGGAUCCUUGCAUUCCACACGAGGCAGGAAAACCGAGGUGGGUGUCUGAUGGAGCAUUUGGAUUGUUGAUGAAACAAAGCUGCUACGUUCUCCUCUUCCUCCGUAUGCUGGUUUUAUUGUUUUUUUGUUUGUUUGUUUUUUUAACUGACUCUUAAGAAAGAGGUGGUGGUCUCUGAGACUCAUCAUCAUCAGGAGGACUCCCCCCAAAGCCCCCCUGCUUCUUUUCAGACUCUGAUUCAGGACCAGAUGUGGAAAAAAUGCUGCAUUGAUGUGGAAAACUUCAAGGAGCGAUGGGUCAGGAGGGGCCCCACCUUCCACUACAACCCACCACACACACACACACUGACAGGAGAGUACUCAUAUUACAUGAAUGUGUGAUAGGUUAAAGAUAAAAGUUCUGACCCAAAAUUAACCAGCACCUUAAAACAUAAGACGUACAACCUAAAAGACACAAUAGGACUAUAUGUAUGAUUAUGUGUACUUGUAUAGAAAGAAUGUGAUAGACUUGUAUGGAGAAAAUAUAGUACACUGAAUUUAUCGCAUGGUAUUUGUUUGUAGGAUCUGAGUGACCAGCUUUUGUCGGACGGUUUGAUGAUCGUUGAGUCUGUUCCUGGGUUCCUUCAAAAACCAGACACGUUCUUUUUGUUGUUUUUGUAAGGAUUGUUCUUUUGGCUUCUGUUCUUUUUUUUCUUUUCUUUUCCACAGAUCAUAGUAGUAACUAUUCAAUCAAUUGUUCUCUAAGAGAUUUAAGAAGCAAGAGAUGUAAUGCAUUUUGAUAAUAAAAUAAUCAUGAUGGUAA